AUGAUGGUGCUCCGACGCCUAUUGAGGAAGCGCUGGGUGCUAGGUGUGGUCUUUGGGUUGUCUCUCAUCUAUUUUAUCACCAGCACAUUUAAGCAGGAGGAGAGGACUGUAAGAGAUCGUACACUUUUGGAAGUGAGGGAUUCAGACCACCACAUCCCAUGGAAAGUACGCUUCAAUCUGGGCAACAGCAGCAGGCAGAUUAAUCAGUGUAGAAACUCUAUCCAGGGCAAAACUUUACUCACAGAUGAACUUGGUUAUGUUUGUGAUCGUAACGAUUUGCUGGUCAAUGGCUGCUGCAAUGUCAACGCUCUCAAUACUCGACAGUACAUUUGUAAAAGCUGCCUCACCAAUGGCUGUUGCAACAUAUAUGAGUACUGUGUAUCUUGCUGCCUCCAGCCUGAUAAGCAACCUCUCCUCGAGCGCUUCUUGAACCGAGCAGCAGAAGGCUUCAGUAAUCUCUUCACAGCUGUGGAAGACCACUUUGAAUUGUGCCUGGCAAAGUGUAGAACCUCUUCACAAAGUGUCCAACAUGAAAACACUUAUCGAAACCCUCAAGCCAAGUACUGUUAUGGAGAAAGCCCCCCAGAGCUGCUACCUAUAUGA